AUGCCCCCUUUUCGUUGGCCGAAAGUUGAGCACGAUCUGGCAUUGUGUAAAGAGGUUGUUGCUGAAAGACCAGUAAGGCCUGAGGAUUGGGAAAUUAUCGCAUCAAGUCUAUCCGUUAUCUUUUCAACAACAGAAAGCCAAGUUCACUUGAAGGGACGAAGUUGCAGAGAGCACCUCGACUUGUUGGUAAAGAAAUUUAAAGCAGACGAAAAGAAUGCUUUAAAAAGAUCUGGGACAGAAGAAGAUUACACAGAAUUAACUCAAUUGUUGGAGGAUAUUACAUCUUACCUAAAUGAUAUGUCUAAACCAUCAAGAAAUAAAGAGAACAAAGAUGAGGAACUUAAUAGUAACAGCAGUGAUGAAGAAAGAGAUGAGGACAUCUUUAAAGGUUAG